GGGAUUAAUCAGUGACAGGAAGCGGCCUUUUUAGUGACCAGCUGUGCAAGACCAGCUCCAGGAGUCUGUCGCGCUUCCCGCCCGCUGUUCACCUAUACGCUCCUGCCAUGAGGCACCUUGGGGCCCUCCUCUUCUUACUUGGGGGCCUGGGGGCUCUCGCGGAUGUCUGCGAAGUACCAGAGGUGGACAGCAAGCUGGUAGAGAGCCUGGGCCAGCGCCUCUUGCCCUGGAUGGACUGGCUCUCCCUGGAGCACCUCAACCCCAGUAUCUACGUGGGCCUACGCCUCUCCAGCCUGCAGGCAGGGGCCAGGGAGGCCUUCUAUCUGCACAUUCUCAAGCUCAACUACCAGCAGAGGCUCCUGGGGCUUGCCAUCGAUGAUGACAGCAGUAACAACCAGGCCAAGCCCUCCAUGGGCCAGCUGGCCCUGUACCUGCUGGCUCUCAGGGCUAACUGUGAGUUCGUUGGAGGCCGCAAAGGGGAUAGGCUGGUCUCCCAGCUGAAGCGGUUCCUGGAGGAUGAGAAGAGGGCCAUUGGGUCCAAUCACAAGGGCCACCCCCGCACCAGCUACUACCAGUAUGGCCUGGGCAUCCUGGCCCUGUGUGUCCAUCAGAAGCGGCUCCAUGACAGCGUGGUGGGCAAGCUCCUUUAUGCCGUGGAACAUGACCAGCACCUCCAACAGGACCGCCUGUCUGUGGACACAGUGGCCAUGGCGGGUUUGGCCUUCACCUGUCUGGAGCAAUCUAACCUCAAUCCCAAUCAGAGACACCGGAUCUCCCAGGCCAUUAGUACAGUACAACAGAAGAUCCUCAAGGCACAGACCUCUGAAGGCCACUUUGGAAAUGUCUACAGCACCCCUCUGGCGCUGCAGUUACUGAUGAACUCCUCCAUGCCUGGAGAGAAACUGGGCAGGGCAUGCCUCAAGGCAAGGGCUGCUCUGUUGGCCAGUAUGCAGGAUGGGGCCUUCAAGAAUGUUCUCAUAAUUUCCCAACUGCUGCCUGUCCUGAACGGCAAGAGCUAUGUGGAUCUCAUCUCUCCAGACUGCAAGGCACCAAGAGUUCUAUUACAGCCAGCUGUGGAGACCCCUUCACAGACCCAAGAGCUCAUCAGUGUCAUGCUGAAGGUCCCCCAUGCCUUGCAACCAUAUAGACACCGCAUCUCUGUCCCUGCUGGGGCCUCCUUGGAAGAUGUCCUUAAGAAGGCCCAGGAACUCACAGGAUUCACGUAUGAAACACGGAACUCCUUGUCAGGCCCCUACCUGACCUCUGUGAUGGGGAAAGAAGCUGGGGAACGCGAGUUCUGGCAGCUCCUCCAAGCCCCCGACACCCCGCUGCUAGAAGGCAUUGCUGACUAUACCCCCAAGGAUGGACAAACCAUCGAGCUGAGGCUGGUCAGCUGGUAGUCCCUGGGCUCACCCACCCCAGCAGCCUGGCCUACCUCCGGGGGCCUCCACCUGCCCUCCAGACAUCGAAGUAACAGGCACAUGCCCAGCCCUGCUGCUACCUCACGUGUACUUGGAGCAGUGUCCCCUGGAUUACUCAGCCACCACCCUUGCCAAGGUCCUCAGCCAUCCCCGACUCUGAAUCAGGGAACCACGCACCUUCCCUGGGGGGCUGUCUGCGGGCGUCUGGCCCCUCCUGGCCCCACUGGCAUCCCCCGAAGGCCUGCUCCUGGUCAGAAGGGGUCUAAAGCAGCUCAGCCUCCUCAACACAAGGAGGAGAAGUCACGGGCCACUGGUGUCGUGAGUACUGCCCCCUCUGGGACUGGGGUCCUGCGAGGAGACCUCUCUGGCCCUGGGGACUGCGGCCCUGAUCCCUGCUCUGUACUCUGGCCUUCAGGAUGGCAGAGUGGCCGCUGGGGGGCGCUGCAGAGCUGCUCAAAGCCUGCCUCUGGAAUGAUUAAAGUGUUGAUUGUGCACCUGC